AUGAAAGUGUCUAAUAAUUUUUUACAGGAGCGCUUUCUGAAUCAUUCACUGAUGAAAGAAAACAUGUGUUACUAUGCAGUAGCCCAAACUGCACAAGUCCAAACCUGGAUGGUAGAGAAGAACAUGACGGCUCUUCCCAUCCCAGAAUAUGUCAAUUCGGGAUCUUAUUUCUCACGAACAGAGGAAUGCCGUUUCCUAAUCAUUCCUAGAUAUGGAACUGAUGUGCAGAGAGUUCUAUUGCAACAAGGAACAAUGCAUAUAAAACCUACAUGUACGAUCGCCUAUCACAUGAUUGACGCUCUGGAAUUCCUGCACAGUCAUGGCUAUGUUCAUUCAAACAUAAAGCCAGACAACAUCGUCCUUGGACUGCCAAAUCAAGCCCCGGUCUAUUUGCUAGACUUCGGUGAAGCCCGUCGCUACCCACAAGGUGACAUCCCCAUCGCCCACGGAAGUGCAAGUAUUCAAAGUUCUGCUUUCACUUCAAGAGACGGACACAAUCGACUAAUCACUAGACGUGGCGAUCUAGAAAUGGUUGCUUAUAACGUCAUUCACUUGUUGACUGGCCACUUGCCGUGGGAGGAUGAGGUAGAUUUUGAAGAGGUCGCGCGAAAAAAAAACCAAUCAAUGGAGGAUGUAAACGAAUUCCUAUCGACAUGCUUCAUGCAUACUGGUUCCCGCCACCCAGUUUCAAAAGGAAAUGGAAGUGUACAGGCUAUUGUUUACAGGGAUACAAAGCCCAUGAACCGGCACCCCUCCAGACAACUGAUGGCGGUCACACACUGCUUUUGCAUGCGUGUAAGGAUUCUCAAGCCGGUGUGGACCUACGGAAUUCAACUCUGGGGCUGCACCCAACCAUCCAAUAUCGACAUCAUCCAGCGCUUCCAGAACAAAGUACUCAGAAGUUGUGUAGACGCUCCUUGGUACAUCAGGAACUCUGAUCUCCACCGCGACCUGGGAGUGGCGACAGUCAUCAGUGAAAUCUAA